AUGCCAGGCGGUUCGACCCAUCCGGAUCCAGUCUUUGCCGUUAAACUGGCCCGGCGUCAACAACUGAACUACAAUGCCAUGGUUGUCUUUGCUGCAGCCAUGACUGCUUUCUACUUCACCAUUUGUAUUGCCAUUCUUCUCAGAAGGCUUUGCGUCGAUCUAGGUGCCUCGCGCAAACCAAAUGCCGCCACAGCGAUCUUCCGGCGCCUGAGAGCGAGUGCUCUUGGAAAUAUCGCGAGGCUACCAUCGGGAGGAUAUACUCUUGCGAUAUUCGGAUAUCUAAUCAUCAACACCGUCGUCACUCUUACUUACCUGGACAACGACAAUAUGCCUCUUCUUUCUAACAUGGCCUCUCGAACCGGAUGGAUGGCUAUUGCAAAUCUCCUUAUCGUCGUCCUUCUAUCCCUCAAGAAUACCCCCAUUGUCAUAUUCAUGACCUCCUCUUAUGAACGCCUCAACAUUCUCCAUCGCAUAGCCGGUUACACUACCCUCAUCUUCGCCAUAGUCCACUCUUGCAGUUAUGCUGCCGUGUUCGGUGCCCAAAACUUCCUCCAGCGUUUGCUUGCGAGAGAAGAAAUCUUUGGCAUGGUCGCUAUGGGCUCAUUCCUAGUCCUUGGCUUUGCCGGUGCUGUCCUCCGGACGUGGUGGUACGAACUAUUUUACUACCUUCAUGUCGUUUUCUGGAUUCUUGCUAUCAUCAUGACCGGUCUCCAUCAGCCGGAGCCUGGCAAGAAGGUUCUGUACGUGAUUCUUGCUUCAGCCGGAAUUUGGGUCCUCGAGCGAGUCAUCCGCCUCGCACGAAUCAUCGUUAACAGCACCAAUAAUACCGUCACUCUCACGCCGCUCCCUAAUGGCGGUACUCGUGUCACACUCGCCAAGGCACCAUAUGGAUCUUCAUCUGGCAAACAUGGCUUCCUUUGGAUCCCGGGAGUACGCACCGUUGAAACCCACCCUUUCACCAUGGUUGCUACUGAUCCCCUCGAGUUUGUCGUGGCAGCCCAUGACGGAUUCACUCGGGCUUUGCACAAGUGUGCCCUCGGUUGUCCUGGAAUCUCAUUGAAAGGGUCAGUUGAGGGUCCUUACGGUAAUCACCCUGAUGUCAAGGGGUAUGACAAGGUCAUGCUUAUAGCAGGGGGUAGCGGCGCAAGCUUCACGGUUGGCACGGCCCUAGAUAUGCUCAAAAGACUGGAAACAGAUGCCGAGGUCGACAUCGAAUUCGUAUGGAUGAUCAGGAAACCAACUUAUUUCACCUGGUUCGCCGACCAUGUCGAGACUCUACAUCGAGACCAUCGUGUCUCGACCAAGAUCUAUGUAACACGGGCUUCAGAAGCCGAGAUUGUCCCCCAGAGCCAGCGUUCCUCCGGAUCGCACGCGUCUUCAAGUAGCACUUUCGUCGAGUCCGAUCCAGAAAAGGACGGUCUUCCCCACGUCGAUACUACCCGAUUAUCACUUGACAUCGAGAAGAGCGAAGUUCUCCCACCCGCGAUAAAUCCUUCUCUAAGUGAUAUUUUUCACGUUGGGAGACCGGACGUCGCUUCACUUGUGAAAGAACUGAUAGAGAGUACGCCAUCCGACAAACGAGUUCUGGUGAUGGGCUGCGGACCACAGACACUCAUGUCGGCCGUUCAGAACGCGGCUGCAGACUGUAUCGUGAAAAACGGAGCUGGUGUUGAGUUACAUCUGGAGCAAUUCGGGUGGUGA